UCCAGGGUCCAGGACGCUGGGAGAGCUGCCCCCUCAGACAGGAGCUGCAGGCUGGCGGGGAAGUGACGGCUUAGCAGCCCAGGCUCUCCUGCUGCCCUCAGUGGGAAGAGAACAAGACACUGCGAGAGAGACAGAGUGAGAGAUUCCUCCCUGCGCUGGCACCAUGCGCACUCUCAUCAUCCUGACGCUCCUGGCUGUCUUGGUGAUGGCUGCUACUUGCUAUGAGUCCCGUGAAAGCAUGGAAUCCCACGAGUAUCUCACCCUUGCCUUCCCAGAUCCCUUCCUCAACAGGCGAAGGGCCAAUGGCUUCAUACAAGCUGACAGGAACCAUGGAGCCAUCCCUUGGAGCAGGAUCAGGGACCGUAACAAGGGGCCUCAGGAACACCAGAGGGAGAUCUGCGAGGACUACUACCCCUGUGAACUGUACGCUUUUAACCAUGGCUAUGCUGCUGCUUACAAGCACUAUUUUGGGAGGAGGAGGACUAAGUAAAGGAUGACCUGUCCCCAUCCUGGGGCCUGGAGCCCAGGGUAUCCUCCCCAAAAAUGCAAUGGCUCUGAAACAUAUUCAGUUGCUUGUGUCCCUGUAUGUUAUCCUGCCUGCUGCUUCUCUCCCAUGUAGCCAUGGAUUCCUACACUGUGUUAACUAGUGCUGAGCUGAUGUAGCAGAGAUCAGAGAGAGUUCAGGAUGUGGGUGUUUACUACACAAUAAAUGGCUGGUUUGAUACUA